AUGUCACAAAAUCCAGAUCCUCUUGCCUUCACUACCCCUUUUGCCCUCACCAAACGUAUUCGCCGAGAUCCUUAUUGGGCCAUAGAUCCAAAGAAUCCAUCAAACCAACAAUCGGGCAAAAUCAUCAUUAUCACAGGAGCUAGUUCUGGCAUUGGAGCUGCCGCCGCAAAAGUUUGGGCCGAAGCCAAUGCAUUCGGUAUCGUACUUGCAGCUCGUCGGAUUGCAGCUAUUGAUUCCCUCAUUGAGAAACUUCAACCCAUUAGUCCAGAUACCAAGUUCCUUAGUGUGAAGGUCGAUAUCGCAAACGACGAGGACGUCAAGAAUCUUUAUGAAGCAGUGCAGAAGGAAUUUGGAAGACCUGCGGAUGUACUGUUGAAUAAUGCAGGCUACUUGGAUGAUGACCAGGGGGUUGGAGAAACAGAACCUAGUGCUUGGUGGAAAGGAUUUGAAAUCAAUCUCAAGGGUCUCUAUCAAAUGACGCAUCAUUACAUCAAAUCCCACCUCGACCCCAAAAAGCCCACCGGUACAAUCAUCUCCGUCUCCUCCGGCCGCGCAGGUUUCACCACCAAAGGCGGAUCCGCCUACAAUAUAUCCAAGCUCGCCGAACAACGCCUCACCGAGCACAUCGUGCUCGAAUAUCCCACUCUGCGUGUCUUUACCACGAUGCCCGGAAUUGCGGUUACAGAGAUGGUCUCGGAAUUCUUCAAAACAUAUGCGCAUGAUCAUGUGGAUUUGACGGGUAUGUUGACGCUGUAUUUGGUGCAGGAGAGGGCGGAUUAUUUGAGGGGUGGCAUGGUUAGUGUUAAUUGGGAUGUGGAGGAAAUGGAGGAGUAUAAGGAGGAGAUUGUGGAGAAGAAGUUGCUGCAGACUAGCUGGCUUCCUGUUUUGCCGUUUAAUGGUGGAAAUGGAUUAGCUGGCUUGAGAGGUUAG